UUUUUCUCUUCUUUUCAUCCUUUACUCUCUGUAAACUUCACACACGUCAAUAUCAAAAAUGAAAUGAGCCACCAGACAAUGUCAUCGAUCUGUAAACUCUACAAAAUGAACACAAAGCAACCUAAUGACACUUCAUUGAAAUACCAGCCACAUAUAUAUACACACACUUAUAUGUACUCUGUGAGAUCAGUUUCAGUAUGAAUUUGUAGAGAGACAUAAAUAAAUCAGAAAUGUUUACUCGUCACUUCUAUCUUGUGUUAUCAAUUUUCCUUACGUGUGAAAUUAAUCUGAGCUUUGGAAUAGAAAUAAAUGGAAGCAAUCUGAUUAUAAGAGCUGAAUCGCUAUGGUCGCAUGGCAGUGUACAAUUCAUAACUGUUCACACGGAUACAGGUUUAACAUUCAAUUCCACUGGCACUGGUGUUAUUGAAAUACCUCUUAGCACUUGUCCAAGUCAGUUAACAUACUUGAUUUAUGUUUUCAUUGAGUUACCAUUCCAAGUAACCGUAGAUGCUCCCUUUGAAAUAAGACCUGAAUACAUUCCAAAUGCACAAAAUUUAAGUUUACAAUUAUUACCGAAUUCAAAUAAUCGAAUAAUUCGUUUAAAUUGGACAGUGGACAAAAACAAGGAGAUUUUAUGUCCGUAUAAAAUGUUUGCCUUCUUCGAAGAUAAUGGAAAACGAUGCGAAUUUCCAACAGAAAUGAACUAUUAUGAAUUUGAUACACUCGAUUUAAAUAAAAUGUAUAAAAUUGGAGUUGUCAUUAAAUCUCUACAGAAUAGCAGUUUACGUAAUGAAGUCUACAUGGAUUAUUCAACAUAUACUGACAGAAGAAUAAAAUGUCCUACUCACUCAGAUGAUUCAGUAUUGGGGAUAUUGGAUGGUUUAAGAGUGAAGUCCAUACCAAAGAUUCCAGUUCAUGUAAUCAGCUGGAAUAGUCCUCCUAUGAAAUUCAAUAAAUGUCUUAGUCACUAUGUAAUUGACCAGAGUGUAGAAAGAGAUGGAGUUAUACUAAUGGAAACUAGUAAUGCAACCUGGCAUCUUAACAAUAUCAUUCAUUAUUCAUAUGAAAAUGCUAAUUAUUCCUAUCGAGUACAUGGGGUUUACCAAAACGGAAUUUCUACAGCUAGCAGCCAAUGGGUAUCGGUUCUAACACCGUCAGCGCGAUCAAAAAUAUGCCCGUGUGAAUUUCAAAAUGAUGUAGAUAGAAGAUGGGAAAUAACAAUAUCUCUGGUUCAUAAAAGUGUGAAUCCUAACUUACAUAAACCACAGCAGUACAUUCUUAGAAGUUUGACAGAAGCGGAUAUGAAAAACAAGACAUUUCAAUUAUUCGUCCGUAAUCGAUCUGUUGUUAUGCAUGAAGUAUAGAUCAGUCAUUUCUUUUUAUCGAAUCACUUUUUAGGUGGUCAUUGCAAUCAUCUACACAAACAAUGAACUUCUGAGAUGUGAAAUAAAACAAUGUCAUAUUAACGCAGAACUUCAAUUUAUUACAAUUACUUUCAUGACGUGUAAUAAUUUCAUACAUAGAUUUGCUCGUUUUUCUUGUUAAAUUAAUUUGAUAAAUUUAAAUCAAAGAAUUGUAUUACUACAAAAACAGUUUUCCUGACAUUACGAUAAAUUAUUUUGUAAUCCUGUUGAAAUUUUUCACUGUACAAAAGAUGGAAUAAAUUCACAUGUGAAUGCAAACUGCGCCAUGAACUGACGUCGGUUAGAGUGUCGUUAUAAUGCACGAAACAGCAGACAAAUUUAAAUACAGUGAAGAUUUAUAGUUCAAGUAGAUCAUUUUGAUGCAGUUGUAUUCUCUGAAAACUUCACAAGUAAACGAUCCAGUUCAGAAAGCACAACUAUACCACUAGACAAAUUCUUUGUCGUUGUUUGGCGCUUAUUGAUACUUCGUUCAAGAUGUCAGUACACUGCCAGUUAUCCGUAAUAUUCACCAGUAGUGAUGGAGAUAUAAUGCAAGAAAACUCUUUAAAAUCAUCGCGUAGUUGAGCAAAUCAUGUGAUAUACUGCAAAUAGUUCAUUGGAAAUAGUGUUUGCGAAAUCUAACGUCUGCAUUCAAUUAUAAAAUAAGUAUAAAAACUAAAUGUUAGAUCUGUGUUGAUAGAACUGAUUCUGAAGCAGAUUUCGUCAUGAACCUACUUCAUUUACAGAACUACUGAGCAGAAGAUGUAAUCCAUGCAUAAUUGAUUUCAUUUCCCACUGCUGAUUCGUAACAUAUUCACAUUAUAAAUUAGUCAGCCUAGUUUCAUUGCUUUUGAGGAUAUAUAAUGCCCAUCGCACAAGAGAAUCAAAAUGGGACUAAAUGAAUUUCCAGUUCCUUUUGUUUGGAAAAGGUUUUCUGGCUCAUAUCAAGGUGUGAAGAAAUCUACGUUAACAUUAAUUAAACCUCAAUAAACUUGA